AUUUUAUUCCCGGUCUUAGGGGUACUAUCGUAAUUUGAAAAGGGAGAGUGACGUUUUUGUGAUUUCUUCGUAUACAAGAAACCGCUAUAAAUAGCCUCAUAACAUUUGAAGUCGUCUCUCUCAAGUCAGCAUCAUAAAAGAAGUUCCCCUUUGGUAAAAUUUCCCAAACUUUGUAAGAGAUGGAGAAAGAAAUGAAGCAAAAACUGGAGUGGCUUGAAGCCCAGAAGACAGAGAUAAGCGUCGACCUAUUUGCUGCAGCCAAGAAACAACUCAAGUUCCUCGGAGCCGUUGAUCGGAACCGUUGGCUCUACGAAGGCCAUGCGCUCCAAAGAGCCAUCUACAGAUACAAUGCUUACUGGCUUCCUAUGCUUGCUAAAUAUACUGCGUCUUCUUCCAUCUGCGAAGGACCACUAGUCCCUCCUCUUGACUGUGAAUGGGUUUGGCAUUGCCACAGGCUUAAUCCGGUGAGGUACAAGACUGAUUGUGAGGAGUUCUAUGGGAGAGUCCUCGAUAAUUCUUGCGUUUUAUCUUCCGUAAAUGGAAGCUGCAAGUUACAAACUGAAAAUCUAUGGAAAAGAUUGUAUCCUAUGGAGCCUUAUGACCUUGAUUUGGGUCAAGAAAUCUCAGAGCCAGAGGAUAUCUCAGUUCUUGAAAAAUGCACCACCACUUAUGAUCUUGUCUCAGCUGUGAAGAGACAAAGCCCGUUUUACUACCAGGUUUCAAGAGCUCAUGUAGACAAUGACGUCUUCUUGCAAGAAGCUGUGGCUAGAUACAAAGCGUUUCUCUACUUGAUCAAGAGAAAUCGAGAAAGGUCCAUUAAGCUUUUCUGUGUUCCUACUUACGAUAUUGAUCUUAUCUGGCACACACACCAGCUUCACGCUCUCUCUUACUGCAACGAUUUGACAAAGAUGAUCGGUAAGGUUCUGGAGCAUGAUGACACAGACUCUGACCGAAGCAAAGGUAAGAAGCUUGACACUGGUUUCUCUGGAACUACUGCUCAGUGGGAAGAAACAUUUGGUCGAAGGUAUUGGAAAGCCGGUGCUAUGAACCGAGGUAAUACCCCAACGCCAGUCACAACCUCUCCUUGUGUUUUCUUGGGAAAGAAGUUAUCUGCGAAAGAGGAGGAGAUUCAGAAUGUAAUCAAAUCUCCAGAGGUGAAAGUCACUGAGGUCAUCUUGGAGAUUGUUGGGGUUAAGAACUUACCAGACGCUCACAAAGGAAAAGUCUUUGUUGUGUUCAGCAAAACCCAACCUGAUUCUCUGUUUAACUCUGAGCGUAAGGUUACGGUUUUAUCCGAGUCUCGUGGGGAAAAGCAAGUUGCUUUGUUCCAGUGUGAACCUACAGGGGAGCUUAGUUUUCAACUAAUGUCUUCCAAGUCUAAAAGCUUAGGUUUCACUUAUUUAUCUCUUUCGGAGUUUCUGUUUCCAGUGACUAAACUCUCCGUUGAGAAGUGGCUACAGUUAACACCGGUCAAAAGAGGAAAAGUGGAUGAUCCGAAUCCCAUCUCUCUGCGAGUCGCUGUCUCCUUCACCCCGCCAACUCCAAGUCCGACUGUUCUACAUUUGGUUCAGUCAAGACCUUCACUGAAAGACUCUUGUUUCUUUCCUCUGAUCGGAAAGGCCCGUCUUGCUAAGGCUUUUACACGCGUUGUUGAUGAUACCGAAACAGAGGUGAUCAGUCUCCAAAUGAGGAACUCCAACGACGCAGCACCGAAAGGUGAUGCAAGACAAGUCAUUGGUGUGAAAGAGAGUGGUGAAACUCUUGUUCUAGCAGAGUAUGAUGUGAGCUUCUGGUCUUUGCUUGACUCGAAAUGGUCACUUAAGCAGACAACAAGCGAUCCUGACACAGAUGGUCCUCUGUUUGAGCUUUCGGGUACUCGAAUGGUGAAAGUUUACUCCGGAAGAAAGCUGGAGUAUGAGCCAAAACACUGCGCAAAGCUAAGAAGCGAGCAAGAUUUCAUGACUGCUGUUGAAUUCUCAAAGCAACAUCCUUAUGGCAAAGCUGUGGGGUUGCUCGACUUGAAAUUUGGUUCCGUUGAGGCAAAUGAGAAAUGGUUGGUUUUGCCUGGAAUAGUAUCGGCUUUCAUACUCAAUGAUCUUUUUAAGAAGGGAGGCUUUUGUGCAGCCGCAAAUGAAACAGAGAAAGCUAACCGCAUAACAGAGGAAAGCAAGGAGAUUGAAGUUUUCACUCAAGUGAAGCUAGAAGAAGAAACAAUGAUGAAUACGGACACGGCUACUCCGAUUGUGGUAGCGGCCGGUAAGAUCAAUGGAGGUUCUAGGUGCAUGUCGAAAGAGCUAAACGCUAGCGGCGGCUGCGGUACUGUUUGUGGUAACAUGGGUGAAGAAGAAGGUGGUCGUUGUGGUGGUUGUGGCGGUUGUGGUGGAUGUGGAGGGGGAUGUGGCGGUGGAGGUGGCGGAGGGUGCGGUGGAGGCGGUGGAAGAUGUGGUGGAAUGACGAAGAUCAGAGGUUGCGGUGGUGGCGCCUGCACUGGGGGAUCCACUGGCUGCGGUAACUGUGGUGGAGGAUGUGGUAAUAUGAUGAAGAGUAAUGCUGAUGAAAAUGCUACAUCAGUUGUAGCGGCAGCAGAAGCUCUAAACGACGUUACAGCUUGAUUAUUAUUCAAAUAAGGAAGAGCGAUAUAGAGUUAUAUCUAUGUAAUGUUAAUAGAUGGUCUAAAAAUAUAAUAAAACUAAGGAACCCUAAAACUAAUGAGAGAUGUUGUUAAGUAUGUUUUUAUUGUAAGUUGUGAAACUAUACAUAUAUAUAUAUCCUUCCAUGUAUUUAUAUCGAUCUUGAGUAGAAUAAAACGACAUUGAAAUAAAUAGAUCCCCAUGGCUGUUUUAGAUUAUCAGAUAUUAAGGAUUUAAGUUUUCCAAAACUAAAAGGCAGAUAUUAAGGAUUUAAGUAUUCCAAAACUAAAAGAGUUUAGAUUUUC